AUGUCAAUCCAAACACCAGCACCGAUUUUCUUGGAUGUCAAACCUCGUACAGCAAUUAUGGUCAACGUCCUUCUCACUUAUAUCGUGUCGCUGGAUUUGGAAGACAAUAUCUAUAUCUUGAGAAUUGGCGAUAUGGACGACAAGGUCAAGGUAUCCCCAAAGUGCCUAGAUCAACUGCGUCUUAUAAUACAUCAACUUCGCCUGUAUCAGCAAACCGGGCAGAUCCUCAAAACUCUUCCGAAGUCCAAACCGGUCGACGAUAUGUUGAUACUCUACAUAUCAUUCGUAGGAUAUCUUGCACAGAUCGUCAGUGCAUUCCAUGCCGAGGCUAAGGCUGAUCCGUCGAGCUCCACCAACAAGUGGCGUUCAGCGUAUCUGGAGUAUCACAUCGCGCUUGCGUUAUAUGAUAAUGCAUUCACAGAGGAGAAACAGACUGCGGCGCUGAAUGAAAUGAAGCGAACUUGGGUUCAAUUCAAAGAGAAAAAGGGCUUCAAAAAGGUUCAGGAUCUGACCGGCGAACGAUUGCAUAACACGUUCUGUAUAAAAGGCAACAACCUAUGCGGAGGGUCGUUCGAACACGAAAAGACAGUGGACGACAUGAUAUCUGAGACGCUUAAACGCAUAGGAGUUGAUAAACCGGAGGACAUGACAAAGAAGGCAAGAACGGCGGCUGCUGCGGUCGAUCUUGUGGAUCAAUCAUCUCAACAUUCGAUCAGCACACGACCAAGGGCAAGGACUACGCAAUCGUCUGCACAGUCGCAGGCAUCAUCGGAUGUGAUCCAGCACCAUGUCGAAGGCGUUGAUAAUUCUCUGACACACAUAAAGUCAGACGCGAAGAAGUUACCGAAGCCUCGAAGACAAGUCCGCAAAUCGAAGAUCACGAAGGUAUAUGGGAAAAAGAAGGCUUCAUCCGUUCCGUUGGAGUCUGAGGAUGAUGACAACGAGGCGCCUCUUGUGGAUGUUCCGGUCGUAGGGAUUGCAGAAGUGGACGACGAGGGCUACGAUAGAAUCUCACUUCCACCUAUUCUAGAGGGCUGGGAGACGUGGACAAGGACUGCGUUCGAGCACGGAAACUCUCGUGUUUUCUUGAAGCUUGCUAGUUGGAUGCUUGUUCGCUUUCGCCAGCUCACAGAUGUCGACCUUGAUUCAGACGUCGACGGUCUUGUCAUUCCGGGGAAUCCACGCACGAUGGUGUUUGAUAACGAUGAUCAUUUCUUCGAGGCUGUUGGGAUGGAGCGCCUGUACACUGCUAUCGUACACAUGGAAACGAGGCCUCGAUUCUUGAGUCACAUGUUCCAUGCACUCGGCAAGGACAGAGCAAUCCACGACUCUGGCCCUGCGGCUCUCCCCCAGCAGUCGAUGCAAACUUUGAAGACCGACAACAGGUAUGAUUCCUGGGCGGGAAUCACGCACGAUACAGACAUGGAAGUAGUUGGAGCCGAUGAUGAUGCUAUAGGAUCGGAUGAUGAUGCAGUCGGAUCACCUGAUCUCGAGGCAACCGAUGUUGCACAAGCCUUAGAUUCUAUGGCGAUCGAUGAAAUGUCCACUGCUCUCAAUAACGGCACAAGAUCGGUUAUCACGAGGUUAGAAAAGCGUAAGAGAACACUAUCCCAUGUGUCCCCACCAAAGAAGGAUGGUGGUAGAGGUCCAGUGAAGCGCGCAAAAGAUGGGAUUGCAUGCGACAUCAGUUCAGCAUCUCCUGUCCAGUCGUCAAUUGAUUUCGACGGGACGGGCUUCAUAUCCUCUUCGUCACUGCCUGAAUCGACACAAAUCUCACAAGGCAGCAGUGUGCAGGACAACGGAUCAGUGAUCAUUGACGCAUGGGAUGAUAUCCCCAUAGUGGAAGAAAAUCUGAAUUCGCCAACUCCGGUCGUCUUGGUCCGCGGUACCCCAUCGCCUAAUCUUCAACAUGCCACGAUCACAACUCCAAUACAUACAACGCACACACUUUCUUCUACGAUUGAGGACACGAUAGUUCCUGGACGUGUGCAAAGAGGCAACACUCCCGUUCCUGAAGCAACAUUGUCGAUGGAAAAUGCGUCUGUCCCAGAUGUUCCUGCACCAUCCUGCUCCGAACAUAGUGUCACCACCGCUUCGUCCAAACCUUCCGAUGACUGUGAUAUUCGUGAUCUAUGUUUUUACGAACGUGAUGCAUUCACUUUCUGUUGA